AUGACACACACGUAUACACAUGCACACACAUGCAUGCAUAUAUACACACAUAUAUUCACAUACAUAUUCACACACAUACGCACACACAUACACAUACACACACACACACACACGUAUACACAUACACAGCGUAUACACAUGUGCAUACAUACACAUGCAUACAUGCACACAUACAUACAUACACGUAUGCACAUACAUGCACACACAUACACAUGCAUAACACAUAUACAUACAUACAUGACCCAUACGUACACCUAUAUAUGCACAUACACACAUAUACACACACAUACACACACGUACGCACACAUACGUGUGUGUGUACAUACAUGA